UGAAGAGCGAUAGCAAACGUAACUAAAAUGUCAAGAGCCGUUGUUAAGAGAGCUGUUAGCGCAAUUCAAAAGUUUUAUCCAACCAAGUUGGCAGAUAAAUCCUGGGAUAAUACCGGUCUUCUCGUAGAUGCAAGCACAGAAGAUGCCCCUGGAAGCAAGGGUGACGACCCACUCCGUGUCUUGCUUACGAUUGACUUAACUCAAUCAGUUGCAGACGAGGCAGUCAAGAACAAAACCAACCUUAUCAUGGCAUACCACCCAUUUAUCUUUAAAGGAUUGAAGUCUAUUACCCCAUCUGACCCACAACAAAAGUCAUUGAUCAAGUUGAUCCGUAACGAUAUUAGUGUAUACUGCCCUCACACAGCCGUGGACAGUGCCAAGGGUGGUGUGAAUGAUUUCUUAGCUGAUGGAAUCACUAAGGGAUUCAGCGAAAAAUCAAGAGAAAUCAUUCAACCAGAUAAGAAUGAAGAAGACUGCGGAAUGGGUAGAAUAGUCACAUUGAGUGAGCCUGCAUCUUUGCAUUCAUUGUCAGAGAACAUUAAGUCUAGUUUGGGAUUGAAUCACAUCCAAGUUGCCGUAGCUGCUGGCCAAGAUAAGAACCAUCAAAUCAGCCGUAUUGCUAUUUGUGCUGGAUCUGGUGGCUCAGUAUUUAGAGGUGUUGAUGCUGAUUUAUUCUACACUGGUGAAUUAUCUCACCACGAAGCAUUGUACUUCACAGAAACUGGUUCAUCUGUAGUGGCUUGUAACCACACCAAUACCGAAAGAGCAUUUUUGUCAGUUAUCAAGGAUCAAUUGACAAAGGAAUUACCAGAAGGUUCUGAAAUUAUAAUCAGUAAUACUGAUAAGGAUCCAUACGUUACUUGGUAA